CAGCGUGGCACUCAGUUACCGCUGGCCUUCUCGUAGAGUAGGACGUGUGCGCUCUCCUUAAUCCUUCCAUCGGUGACAGGCAUCCUGGUAAACUUUAAGCGUUGUGGAACGUAUUAGUCAAACUAGCGAACUAUUUCAUCUCUAGCCUUUCCUUCGCGAUGCCCAAAGGCAAUGUUGACUCAUAAAAUACUUUUCAAACUCGAAGGAAGGAUAGACUUUGCGUGGUAAUUGUUAAAAGGGAAGUUCGCAAUUCCAUCGGUGCGCGAUUGAUAAAAGGGACCCUAUGAGAAAGUACGAAUUGCUGUGGGAAUCUUGAUGAUUUAGCGACUAGAUCUGGUCUUCCCACAGCUGUCAUCUUGCGUCAAAAGGAACAGAAAAUCCAACACAUUAGUACGAUUGUCCCAGUAAAAGCAGACUGAGUAAGAUACUCGCCAAAGCUCGAAGGGGAAUCGAAUUGGAAUUGUGUAAACAAACGCUCGUGACAAUUGGAAUUGUGUAAACAAACGCUCGUGACAUCUGAUGAAAAUAAAUCUCAUUAACUCUUAGUCAAGGAUGGACACAUAUAUGUCAAAUUUGUAAGUAUACUUUUAGAGCUAAUUUUGAAGUGGUUUGCUAAUCUCACCUAAAAAAAUAUUAAAACAACAGUUUUGAUUAUCGUAAAAGCGUUUAAUUAUUGUUUUGAAUGGAUUGGCAAAUAUUCAGUUAUAUAAGUAAUUUUUAGAGACUUUAGAAAAAAAACGAGAAACAAUUCAAAUAAUCUUUGUUAGUGAUUAACGGCAACUGUGUUCAGAAGCGUCACGUGAUAGUUUCCCGCAAAAGCAGAGGAACAGAAAACACAUCGUCAGGUAACCUUGGAUCAAAAAUCGAAAGUUAGGCCUAGCUCGUGACAGCAAGAAAUACAUCACUCUGUUUAACACGGAAAGUGACUUUCACGUUUACGUUCUUUUGAAAAUCAAAUUAAGUGGCUUUAUUUUUCCUCUUCAAUAGAGAAAUAUAUCUAUUUCCGGUGUGGCGGGCGAAUUCAAAACAAUCACAUUCAAAGUAAGAUUUGAAAAAGGGCAACGUGAAAAAUUGAGCUUAUAGAAAAUUAAGCUUUACUAAGGGUGUGAAAUAAAUUAUUUACUUAUUUCAGAUAGCUAGCAUAUUAUCCAACGCAGAAAGUAAAGUGGUGAAUACUUACAAUAUAUUAUCAAUAAUGCCUUUCAGAGAUACCAUGUAAAACAUAAGGAGCGAAAAAUCUGAAACGCGCUGUAAGAAACUUGAACCAUUUGAAUCUGACAAUUGAAAUCAUGAUACGGAAGUAGUGAUGAGGACUUGAAACAUUGUGGCAGAAUCAUAUCACCCAGGUAAAUCCCAAACCGUAAUAAAACACAGCCAAAUUUUAUGAGUGACAGAAAAGGACGUAAAAAAGUGAACCAACAACAUGGAUAUGACAGCAUUGGGUAUGUCCACAGCCUCUCUGGCGACAAGUUUCGCCUCUUCGGAGCUGCUGGCGACAUCUACCGCCUACCCGGACUACUACAGCGACAUACCUGAAGAGUUCAGGAAUAUGUCGAAGAUCGACAACAGCUCCUGCCACCAUCAGUUCCUUGAUUUGUCCGACUUCGAAUAUCCAUAUCGGAAAGAAACCUGGAUAGAUAUAACAUGGAGAGAAAUAUUGAAGAUAACCGCAUACGCACUGGUCUUCCUGAUAUCUCUCUCCGGCAAUCUCCUGGUCAUCCUGGUUGUUUACUACAACGCCCAUAUGCGGUCCUCAACGAACCAGUACCUGGUGAACCUGGCAGUUGCGGAUCUCUUUGUGACGCUGGUGUGCAUGUGGGUGCACAUCGUGCGUCAUUUGUCUCAUCCCCACUACGUCCUCCCGGCUAUCGUCUGCAAGUUGGAUGGCUUCGCGCAAACCACGGCCCUCCUGGCGAGCGUCUUGACCCUGACGGUGAUCAGCGUGGGGCGUUUUAUAGCGGUGAUGUUCCCCUUGCACGCGCGCACAUCUCCCGACAGGGCGCAUAAGGUCAUCGCCGCCGUGUGGUUCACCUCCGCCGUUUCUGGCCCGCCCUAACCCUCUUCUACAGGGAAACUCUACAGCGUCAAGUGGGCCAACUUCACGUCGUGGCAAUGCGACGAGAUCUGGCCUCAGAAGCAGGAGAGAGACCCUGUAACGGGGUACUGCAUGCUCGUCUACAACAGUAAGCACUACUUCUACACUGCCCUCACCAUCGCCCUCUACUUCUUACCUGUUGGAAUCAUGUUCAUCAACUACAGCCUGGUCGUGUGGCGCCUGUGGGUGACCCAGAUCCCAGGGGAGCACUUCCUGCCCGCCCGCAACACCGCUGCGAGAGCCAAGAUGAAGGUGGUCAAGAUGGUGUCCGUCGUCCUGGUGGUGUUUGUCCUCUGCUGGACUCCUCUUCAGUCGAUCAUCCUCUACAGCAACUUCAUUCACACCCAGCAUAAUUCCCUUCCGGAAUGGUUCUCCGCCCUGGAAUUCUCUGCCUACUUCGUUGCCUACUCGAACUCGGCUCUCAACCCCAUCAUCUACUGCGGAUUCAACGACAACUUCCGCAAAGGACUUGUCGCUCUCCUGACCUGCAGCCGCACCUACUACGGCAGUAUGACUAACCACAGACGUUCUACAACAAGGUUUACUCUAGGACAUGAUCGCGUCGAUACCCAAGGCUCGUCUUACUGUGAGACAGAGACCACAAGCAAUGCGUUCACCACCGCAGAGGCUCUGCAGGACUCUCUGCUCAACGUGGAAUUGUCCGAAGUGAGAAAUGGAGAAUCUCGCAGCCAAAGAAAAACCAGUUCAUCCAGAAGCAUCCCAUGAGCCAGUCCCUCUCUGGAAGGAUGGUCGCCAACACAGCCAAUAAGGACAUCAACCACCACACCAUGAACAACUAUGCUGCUGACCUGGUCUGUAAGAAAUGUCGGGAAAACCAACACGCCGAAACGCAGCUAGGUCACGUGUGCACAUCAGUCCCCACCCCAAAUCACCACCACCAUCACCACAGCAACGCCCAGCGUUACCCACCGAGAUCGGAUGGCUUCGGAGGCAGCGGC